UUCCAAAUUGUCGGGUCAGAGGGCGUUUCCCACUAUCCCCUGCGGUUCGCUAUGGCGGACGGAGCUGACGAUCUGGAGACGGGGUCUCUGUUCAUGGAAGUUUCAGCCGACGAAGAACCGGCGGAGGGGAGAGAGAGGAAAGCAAAAGUAAAACAAAGCCACCCAGAGGAGGACAAGGCUAUUGAGCUCGGUAUUAAGUCAGAGCAUCGUGGACGACCUCUUGGAAGCUACAAGUCCAACCCCAAACAUGACAGAAAGCCGAGAAUCGUGCGUGACAAAGGUGUCCUGAAGAGAUGUCAGAACUGGCCUUGUACUGUGAAGGAGGUGGCAGAAAUAGGGCUUGUGUUUGCCUGCAACAUGUGUGAUCGCCAGUACACCUCGCCAGGAGGCUUCCGAUAUCACGUCAAGACAGUCCACAAAAUUGAGGAACUAGACAAUAUUCAAGUGCGUGGACCCAGACGGCCGAAGGUCAACACGACACAAAUGUUCAACAAAGCCAGAAGGGGGAGGAAAGCGCCCAGCAACAGCCAGGUCCUGGGGCAACAGGAGGACCUUGCAGAAGAGGUAGAAUGAACAGGAUGAGCCUGAGGACCUGACCAUGGCAUAAAUCCCACCCCAGCUACACAACAGCCGUGUUAGCUAUAAGGAAGAUAAUAGACUAGUUUUUCUACCAGGACAAAUGAAAACUAUCACUACACACAAUUUUCAUGCACUAUAUUUAUGAGACAUUGAACAUUCAGCAUGUAAUCUAGCUUGCAUUGUUUAAUACAUGUGUAAGUGUUCAGGAGGUGUUUAACAGAAAAGACACUUUGUAUGGAGACCGUUAGAUGCCCAUAUAUCAGUAUAUGCAUGUACAAAGCUUGAAAUCUAGAUUUUCACAAGGGAGAGAGUUGAAGGUAUCAUACUUACCUUUGCUCAUAAAAAGUUGGGAAGAAAAUGAGGCUUUUAAAAGGUUCGCCAUGGUGAUGACAUGAGUAUACAUGUAUGCCUAUGGAGAACCAGGUACAUAUACACUGCUUUACGUGUUUUAGAUAAUCAAUCUAUCUUAUGAAAGCAUGGCUUGCAGGCUACAAUUUCCCCAAGAUAACCGAA